CUCUCCUUCACAAGACAUAGGUCAGUUUCCUUUCUCUCCUUCCCAUAUAUAUAUAUAAACACUUCCUUACCUUCAAGAAGAAACUCCAUUCGCUUUAAGCGCCAUCUCUCUAGCUUUUCUUUAUAUUUUAUUGGGUUUAACAUUGUUAAUUUGUACUUUAUUUCCAUAUCUGAUAUGGAGCUCCAACUUGGUCUUGCUCUCCCAACUCCAAACAAAACCAAGGGGUUCGACUUGAACAACCGUGGAUUCGAUCUGCUGAAAGAAAUGAGGGGUUGGAACUACAAUGGUGGCCGCUUCGGAGACAAAGAUUGUGUUAAAAACAAACGUAGUUUUGAGCAGGCUUUUGCAAACUUCACAGAAGAGUGUAAAGCAACGUCUUUGCUUCUUUGGAGUGGUCAGCCAAACGAGGAAGAAGAUCAUAAAGAUCAAAAGAAAAGAACUUCUUCCACCAUUGAUGAGAAUGAUGCUGAGGAAGAUCAAGUUGUGGGGUGGCCACCCAUCAAGUCAUGGAGGAAGAAAAUGUUCCACCAGAAUCAAGCUGGCAGGAUUGAGAACAACCGGGCGACAGAGAAGGAAAAUGGUGGUAGAUCCAUUUAUGUCAAGGUGAAGAUGGAAGGAGUAGCAAUAGCAAGAAAGAUUGAUAUGAGGCUUUAUCACUCUUAUCAAUCACUCACCAACUCCUUGAUCACCAUGUUUGCCAAACGUCAAAAAUCUGAUGAAGAUGAUUAUAGACGUUAUACUCUCACCUACCAAGACAAAGAAGGAGAUUGGUUGAUUGCAGGAGAUAUUCCAUGGCAAACCUUUAUUAGGUCGGUGCAGCGGCUGGAGAUUGUAAGGAACUCGGGUGUGAAAGUUGGAGUGCACGAUAAGCGAAAAACUACGCCGAAGAAACAGGGUAAAAAUGGAAUCAGAAACGAUUUGAGUAAAAGGCUAAAGACGUCAUUUUAUAAUAAACGUUGUCAUGAAUGCUAUAACCCUUGUUUUCUGGUUCUGGAUAAAAUGGCAACCAACUUGACUUUUAAACGCUUGAGAUGCCUUAGGUGGACUCACAAACAAAUUUGGGAUUUGGGUUUGGAUCCUCUCUUUAAUCUUGAUGGCCUAUGUCGAAAAUGGUACAAAGGGGCAGUUGUUAUGUUAACGUCGAAGAAACUAAAACAAGCAAUAAAAUACAAGUAUCAGCUUUUCCCUCGGAGAAUCUUCAUUAUCCAUCUCUUUCUCCGUUCUUGUGUGCAUGUUUUCCACUGCUACUCAGUUAUGGGGUUUCUUAGCUUUUCUUUUCUCAUUCUUGGGUUGCUUCAGCUUGUUUCAGCACAACAAACCACUGAUCCAAAUGAAGUGGCUGCACUCAGCAAGAUCUUAGAUUAUUGGAACUUGGGAAGUAAGAUCAAUCUAACCAUUGACCCCUGCAGCCAGAAUGCACCGUGGACCUCGGAGGAUUCAAAUCCUCGUGUUGCCUGUGACUGCUAUAGCAGUCCCUGCCAUGUCACCCAUUUGAAGAUAUAUGCUUUGGAUAUUAAGGGUGAGAUACCCGGAGAAUUGUUUGAGCUUAAGGAGCUGAUGGACUUGAACCUAGGUCAGAAUGUGUUAAACGGGUCCAUUCCUGGUGAAAUCGGACAGCUAUCAAAAAUGCAAUACCUUAGCCUUGGCAUAAACAAUCUCACAGGUGCAGUGCCCUCAGAGCUUGGCAAUUUAACCAAGUUGCUUUCCCUAAGUUUUAGCUCAAACAAUUUCUUUGGACCGUUACCCAAAGAGCUUGGAAGUUUGACAUCUUUGCAACAGCUAUAUAUUGAUAGCAGUGGAGUGAGUGGACCAAUCCCUCAAGAAUUUGCAAAUUUGAAAUCCCUUCAGAUUCUCUGGGCAUCUGAUAAUCUCUUAACUGGGAAGCUGCCAGAAUAUUUUGGGACCUUUACAGAAUUCAGAGACAUGCGACUUGAAGGGACAUCUCUUGAAGGUCCAAUCCCAAGCAGUUUCGCUGCUCUAACUAACUUGGAGGAUCUGAGAAUUGGUGAUCUCAAUGGGGAAGAUUCUUCUCUUGAUUUUUUGGACAACCAAACAAGUUUGUCCACACUAUCUUUGAGAGAUUGCCUACUGUCGGGACAAAUACCGGAACGUCUUGGCAAAUUCACCAAAUUGAAAUACAUGGACUUGAGUUUCAACAAGUUGACAGGUCAAAUACCAACCUCUUUCCAGGGGUUCUCUUCCUUACAGUUUUUGUAUCUUGGAAACAACAACUUGAGUGGGGAGUUGCCUGAAGACAUCAUAACUCUAGAGCUUAUUGCAUUGGAUGUUUCAUUCAAUCCCCUUUCUGGAAAUUUACCUCGACAAUUUGCUAAGGUGAAAUCAAUGAAUGUUGUUGGAACUUCUAUCAAUGCAAAUGAUCUACAGGACAGCAAGGUUUCUGGGAUGUUGGAGUGCCUCCAAGGCAAAACCAAGUGCAAAAACAAGGUUCCAUCCACUUCAUUUUCUAUCAAGUGUGGAGGUACAGCCCAAAAAUCUGCUUCUGGCAUUGAAUUUGAUGAUGACUCUGAAAUACUCGGGGCUGCCUCGUUUUUCACAAACACUGACAAUCAAUGGGCAGUAAGCAGUGCUGGAAUUUUCAUUUCAAACCCAAAUGGAAAUAGAUAUACUGCAAAGACAGAUUCUCAGAUCACAGGAACUUUAGAAUCAGAGCUGUAUAUAACAGCAAGGAUUUCACCUAGCUCUUUGAGGUACUAUGGCCUUGGUUUAAAGAAUGGAAAAUACAUUGUUGAGCUUCAUUUUGCAGAGAUAGAAAUGGAUGACACUGUGUCUUGGAAAGGUCUGGGGAGACGCUUAUUUGAUGUGUACAUCCAGGGUGAUAGAGUUCUUCAAGAUUUAAACAUCCAGAAAGAGGCUGGUGGAUCCAAAAAAGCCUUGAUAAGAAAAUUUGAGGCAAAUGUGACAAACACAAUCAUGGAAAUUCACUUCCUCUGGGCUGGAAAAGGCACCUGUUGCAUUCCAUAUCAAAGCACAUAUGGCCCCUUAGUAUCAGCAAUCCACGCAUCUCAAGUAUCUGAAGGUGCUGCUGUCACUUCCACUCGCAAACGUAUGGGACAAAUUGUUGGAAUUGUAAUUGGAGCUGCGGCUGGGCUCGUGAUAAUGUCUUCCAUAUUCUACUUAUGGUGGAAAAAGGAUCCUCAGGAUCACAUGAGAAUUUUCAGAGACUCCCCAAGGAAACCACUAACAUAGGUCCCGCUCCAGGCUCUGCCUGCUGUAUUAUAUGUGCCUAAUGAAAUCCUGAAUAAUGCCUCUGCACUGCAUCAUUCUAUAAACAUAGAUAACAUUGUGGUCAAGCAGGUUUCUUUGGACAUCCUUGGCAUUUAAAGGGCCAGCUAUGAACAGUAGUACCAUGACCAUGUGGUGUAAUCUAUGAUUGGAAUGGCGAGCAGAAACUUGAACCAUGUCCAUACAUAAAUGGACAUAGUUGAAGACUUAAAUGUAAGCUUUAUGUCCGCUUCAUGUGGCUAUCUCAAGCUUUAUUAUAUUUAAAUCAUGCAAUCGCUCUCUUACCUUUCCAUCAUCCCCUGUUGUAGAAUUUAUGAAGUUGGGUUUUAGUGGUUUUCAUUUUAUUAUUUUUCUUUGCUUUUGUACCUUUCUUGAUGCCUAGAUGUUACUGAACCCGGAAAUCCGGGACCAUCUUUGCUUUUCCCAAUAAUGAACUUGGUUCAUUUUAAAUUUUUAUUUAAAAAACACUAAUAACACCAACCAAACGGACCAUGAAUAUAUCAACUUAAGAAAGCUUCCCCCAGUUAAA